AUGUUAAGACAAGUAACUUGUUUGAACAAAUCAGCAACUACUACUACUUCAAAAGUAGUUGGUAAAUCAUUUGUUAAAUCAUUAUCAUCAUCAUCAACCAAUAUAGCUACUUCGAUAAACAAAAAAUCUCAAUUAAAAACUUCAUCCUACAAACCAAUAAUAAAUCAAAUUUCAAAUUAUUCAACAAAAUCAACAGUUAUUCAAUUAUUAAAUAAUAUUGGUUCAAAAAGAGAAGUUGAACAAUAUUUAAAAUUUUUUACUUCUGUAAGUUCUCAACAAUUUGCAGUUAUAAAAGUUGGUGGUGCUAUUAUAACUCAACAAUUAAAUGAAUUAGCUUCAUGUUUAGCAUUUUUAUAUCAUGUUGGUUUAUAUCCAAUUGUUUUACAUGGUACAGGACCACAAAUUAAUGAAUUAUUAGAAAAUGAAGGAGUUGAACCAGAAUAUAUUGAUGGUAUUAGAAUAACAAAUCCCAAAACCAUGGAAGUUGUUAGAAAAUGUUUUUUAGAACAAAAUUUAAGAUUAGUUACUGCUUUAGAAAAAAUUGGUGUUCAUUCAAGACCAAUAACUGCCGGUGUUUUUCAAGCUGAAUAUUUGAAUAAAGAUAAAUAUGAUUUAGUUGGUAAAAUUACAGGUGUUAAUAAAUCACCAAUUGAAGCUGCUAUAAGUUCAGGUUAUUUACCAAUUUUAACAAGUUUAGCUGAAACUUCAAGUGGUCAAUUAUUAAAUGUUAAUGCUGAUGUUGCAGCUGGUGAAUUAGCAAGAGAAUUUGAACCAUUAAAAAUUGUUUAUUUAAAUGAAAAAGGUGGUAUAAUAAAUGGUAAUACAGGAGAAAAAGUUUCAAUUAUAAAUUUAGAUGAAGAAUAUGAAGAUUUAUUAAAAGAAAGUUGGGUCAAAUAUGGAACAAAAUUAAAAAUUAAAGAAAUUCAUGAUUUAUUACAACAUUUACCAAGAUCAUCAUCAGUUGCAAUAAUUGAUGUUGAUGAUUUACAAAAAGAAUUAUUCACUGAUUCUGGUGCUGGUACAUUAAUUAGAAGAGGUUAUAAAUUAAUUAAUAGAAAUUCUUUAAAAGAAUUUGGUAAUCCAGAUUUAUUAAGAGCUGCUUUAUUAAGAGAUCCAGAAAUUAAAUCUGGAAAAUCUUCAGUUGCAUCAUAUUUAAAAUUCUUAGAAUCAACUAAUUUUAAAAGUUAUGGUGAUGAACCUUUAGAAGUUUUAGCAAUUGUUUUAGAUGAAGGUAAUAAAGUUCCAAAAUUAGAUAAAUUUUUAUCAUCAAAAACUGGUUGGUUAAAUAAUGUUACUGAUAAUAUUUUUAAUUCAAUAAAAAAAGAUUUUAAUAAAUUAUGUUGGAUAGUUGAUGAAAAUGAUUCUAAUUUAUCUUGGUACUUUUCAAAAUCUGAUGGUUCAUUUUCCAAAAAUGGUCAAAUUUUAUUUUGGUAUGGUUUAAAAACUCCUGAAGUUAGUGAAUUAAUAAAAGAUUUUGAUAAUUCUUCAAUUAUUGGUUCAUCAUUAUCAUCAGAAAAAGAAUCUGGUGUUUUUUCAACAAAUCAACAAAAAAGAGGUUUCCAUACUAAAAGAUUUAUGGCUACUUCAACAACUAAUCCAAAUCCACCAAUUAGACAAGGAACAAAUAAAGAGAAAAAAAAAGUUGCAUUAAUCGGAGCAAGAGGUUAUACCGGUCAAAAUUUAAUUAAAUUAAUAGAUAAUCAUCCAUAUCUUGAAAUAUCUCAUGUAUCAUCAAGAGAAUUAGAAGGUCAAAAAUUAAAAGGUUAUAACAAGGAUAAUAUUAUUUAUUCGAAUUUACAACCUGAAGAUAUUAAAAAAUUAGAAGAAAAUGGAGAGGUUGAUAUUUGGGUAAUGGCAUUACCAAAUGGUGUUUGUAAACCAUUUGUUGAUGUUAUUGAUUCAAUUAAUAAUCCAAAAUCCAAAAUUAUAGAUUUAUCUGCUGAUUAUAGAUUUGAUACUACUGGUGAUUGGGUAUAUGGAUUACCAGAAUUAAAUGAUCGUCAAACAAUUGUUGAAGCUAGAAAAAUUUCAAAUCCAGGAUGUUAUGCAACUGCAGCACAAGUUGCAAUAGCUCCAAUCUUGGAUUAUAUUGAUGAUAAACCAAGUAUAUUUGGAGUUUCAGGAUAUUCAGGAGCAGGUACAAAACCUUCUCCCAAAAAUGAUGUUGAAAAUUUAUCAAAUAAUUUAAUACCAUAUUCAUUAACUGAUCAUAUUCAUGAAAAAGAAAUUUCAAAUCAAUUAAAUCAACAAGUUAAUUUUACUCCUCAUGUUGCUCAAUGGUUUCAAGGAAUAUCUCAUACAAUAAAUAUUCCUAUAAAAAAAAAUUCUUUAACAUCAAGAGAAAUUAGAAAUAUUUAUCAAGAUAGAUAUCAAGGUGAACAAUUAAUUACAAUAAGUGGAGAAGCUCCAUUAGUUAAAGAUAUAAGUGGUAAACAUGGUAUUGUUAUUGGAGGAUUUGCAGUUAAUUCUCAAGAAGAUAGAGUUGUUAUUAUUUCAACAAUUGAUAAUUUAUUAAAAGGUGCUGCUACUCAAUGUUUACAAAAUAUUAAUUUAACUUCUGGUUAUAAUGAAUAUGAAGGUAUUCCAAAUGAUACAAUCAUUAGAGGUUGA